UGGCAAACUACGUUUUCUUUUUUUCUCCCAUUUUUGUUGUUAUCGAUAUUGCUAUCUGCUAGUACCAAUAAAUAUUGAGGUUGAGCGUAGCUUUAAAAAGGUCAGUAUAUUCGUCAUCAAAUGUUCUUUGAGUAACUAACUUGCACUCUUAACUAGCAAGGAUUAAAACAAUAAGUUAGUGUUUUGUUGGUAUAGGCGGUGCCCCGCGGUAUUACACCGAAGUUUCCACUUUCAUGACCCUUAACUGCGAAUCGCGAAGAUAGUUCCAAUCAAGUCCAACUUCUUAUCAGAGUCUUGCCACUUGAAUCUAGCCACUCCUCUUAUAUCGGGACAGCACUCUCUUCCCUAUUAUUAUCCCUACAACAUGACUUCUUGCAUGCAUGUAAAUUCUCACGAUCUAAAGCCCCCAUCUCCCUCACAAGCUGUAUACCGAGAAGACUGCACACAGUGUUUCGAUUCCAUUGAUGAUGAAGCCGGUCUAAACGUUUGCCUCACUUGCUUUAACGGCGGCUGCGCCGGGGACAGAGAUCAUGCGUCUCUUCAUUUCAAACGCCUUGGGCACCCCUUGGCAUUGAACAUCAGACGAACUCGAAAGAAGGUUCAGCGUGAUGAGCCCCCAUACAAAAUCUCAAAACUUGCGAUAGCUGCCGAGACAGAUGAAGACCGCUAUGACACAACCACGCGCGUUAUUUGCUAUUCAUGCGGUAAAGACGAUAUUGAUGAGACGAGCGGUGCACUAGAGAUAGCCAUUGGUGGCGUCCUGAAUGCGAUGUCAUUCUCAAAACGAGAGGAGGUAAAGGCCUGGGAGCAGGAGUUCAUUCCAUGUGAACACACCCUGUGUCUGAAUCAGCAGGAUUCCAGACAUAUCGGGUCGAAAGAUUUGAGUCAGUGUUCUAUGUGUGAUCUGAAAGAGAACCUUUGGCUUUGCUUGGAAUGUGGCAAUCUUGGCUGCGGGCGUAGUCAAUUUGGUGGCAUAGGUGGAAAUUCCCACGCCCUUGCACACGCUGACCUAACAUCCCAUGGAAUCGCCGUCAAACUUGGCUCGAUUACGGCAGAUGGCUCUGCUGACAUCUACUGCUACAAGUGCAAUGAAGAGAGGACUGACCCCGAUCUAGCUGUUCACCUUGCCCAUUGGGGGAUUAACCUAGCAAGGCGUGAGAAAACAGAGAAAAGUUUGAUGGAGAUGCAGGUUGAACACAACCUAAAAUGGGAAUUCUCAAUGACAGCUGAGGAUGGUCAUGAGCUUAGCCCCAUAUUCGGGCCAGGGUUUACUGGUUUAGCCAAUCUAGGGAAUAGCUGCUAUCUAUCGAGCGUCAUUCAAUGCCUUUUCGACUUGCCAGAAUUUCAACAAAGAUACCACCAUAAGAACGAAGAACCGCCGCUCACAGACUCUCCCGCGGAGGACCUUGAAACGCAACUGCGCAAACUCGCGGAUGGUAUCCUUUCGGGCCGUUACUCGCGAGCUGAUAUGGAUAUCAUUGUCGCACCCGACUCUCCAGAAGUCCCUCACCAGAAAGGCCUAGUUCCUGCGAUGUUUAAGCAUCUUGUCGGUCGUGGCCACGAGGAAUUCUCGACAAUGAAACAGCAGGAUGCAUUCGAAUUCUUACUGCACCUCUUCAAGCUCAUUAACUUAUCUAGGCAUCCAGGCAGCUUAAGCAACCCCACUCAUUCUUUUAUGUUCGCGAUGGAACAACGUCUUCAAUGCGUGUGUUGCAAGAAGGUUCGCUAUAAGGUAGAUGAGCAGGACAACGUCUCCAUCCCUGUCCCUGCUCGACGAUUAGCACUCUCAGACGACGCGACUACUACCAGUCAAUUUGCACCGGUGACCCUUUUUGACUGUCUGGACGCCUCCACAUCUGAGGAGAUAGUUGAUCUUAUCUGCCCUUCUUGUGGCAGCAAGGAUGGAUUUUCCAAGCGCUCUUCGUUCAGAACACUGCCGCAGCAACUUGUCAUCAAUGCGCGGCGAUUUGAGUUGGUCAACUGGGUACCUACCAAAUUAGACAUCCCAGUGGAUGUAAGCGAGGAGCCUUUGGAUUUAAGUCCAUAUCUUUCCUCUGGCCAAAAAGAGGGCGAAGAGCUCCUGCCGGACAUGGACACUUCCAAAAGGGACUUUUUGCCUAAUCAAUAUGCCUUGGAUCAACUUCUCAGUAUGGGGUUCCCGAGGGCUAGGAGUGAAAAGGCACUUUAUACAACUGGAAACUCAGAUCCCGAGGCUGCAAUGAACUGGUUGUUUGCUCACCUGGAAGAUCCCGAUAUUGAUGAACCCUUGACUAGCAGUGAGAUCACAGGAGGGGGAACCAAUGCAUCGCAUGACCCAGCGAAGGUAGCACAAUUGGUCGAAAUGGGUAUUGACGAGUCUCGUGCCAACCGAGCAUUGGGUGCCACGGACGGGGAUAUCAGUAGAGCUAUCGAUUGGGUCUUUAGCCACCCAGAAGAACCGGCAGAUGUUGAAGACAAUUGUCAUGAAUCAAAUACCGGUUCCGGUGGUUGCCCUGGAACACUCGGUUAUAGUGAUGCACCAGCUAGGUAUGAGCUUCGCUCUAUUGUCUGUCAUAAGGGCUCUUCAGUCCAUGCUGGACAUUAUGUCGCCUUUGUCCGGAAGAAUCUACCAGGUCAGAGUGAACUAUCUUGGGUGAUGUUCAAUGAUGAGAAGGUUGUGAAGGCUGAGGAUAUACAGGAGAUGAAGAAAUACGCAUAUCUGUACUUCUUCUCGAGAGUCUAAGCAUUGUUUUCUGCCUUUAUUUUUGCGCCUUGCAUGGGGCAGCUCCCAACAGGGAUUAUUACGUUUGCACCUAGUACUACCUACCAAUACAGAGGGUUAGGGAAGUUUCUCACUACGGUAUGGACUACUAUUGGCAGCAGCUGUUGUGUAUAUCUCGUAGUGCUACAGGUCCUAGGAAGCUAUAUUUGCUGACAACUUUAUAAUUAAGAUGAUUAUGUUGAUUGACUAUCGUUCUUUGCCAUGACGUGCUAAGGCUGAUAAGUGGCAGGUUGACCGCCUUUGGCAGAAAACAUAAUGUUAAUACAGUAAACCCCCAUCACAGAGUGUACUUAGG